UGGAAAAUAAUGUUUGUAAAUAAGAAAAGAUAUAAUUUACCAUGAUAAAGGCUCAGGCCUUGUACACAUUUGAAGGUGACACAGGAAGUGGUGAACUCAGUUUCAAUGAAGGAGAAACACUGACAAUAGUACAACAGGAUGUGGGAGAUGGCUGGUGGGAAGCAAGAAAUUAUCUUGGAAAUGUAGGACUUAUACCACAAGCAUAUGUAGAGAUUAUUGAGCCCCCAGAACCAUCAUUUCCUCCUCCUCCCCCUCCAAUGCCAACAGCCCCACCACCAUCACAUAAUGGGUGGGGACACGGAGGUGGAGGCAUGCCGGAGCCCCAGCACAGUGUGGAGGGAUGGGAUGAUGAUGACUGGGAUGAUGACGAUGAUGAUCAUUCAAGUACAAGUACGGGUGGAGCAUCAAAUUCACAUAAUCAAACAGAUUUGCAAGGACAAGGAAACUUUGGUUUAUCGCAGGGCAGGCCAAAAAGUUCUACGUCUCCACCAUCUGAUAUGUCAAAAUACGGUACAGUGAAGAAAAGUUUUAACAGAUUUUCACAGUUUGCAAAGGCUGGUGGAGAGGCUUUUAUGAUGGGAAGCUUUCAGUCAAAUAAUGUAUCUGAGGCUGAUAUGAUUACAAUAAUGGAAACACAAGAUGGUGUUGAAUGGAAACCAAACACUCAACCUUAUACAUGUUCUGUACGGUCACCCAAAAAGGAGAGCAAACUUAAAGGGUUAAAAAGUUAUAUUGCGUACCAGAUAACACCCUCUUUCAGUAACAUACAAGUGAGUCGACGUUACAAACACUUCGAUUGGCUGCACAUACAGUUGGAAAACAAAUUUACAUGUAUACCUAUCCCGCCCUUACCUGAUAAAGCGAUAUCUGGAAAGUUCAUAAAAUCUCAAGCUGCAUUUGGAGCUCUCAACCCUACAUCCUCCUCUAAAGCAGGUCGAUAUGAAGAUGAGUUUAUAGAUACCCGUAUGAAGUUGUUACAGUUAUGGAUAGAUAGAAUCUGUCGACAUCCUGUCUUAUCUCAGUCCGAGGUCUUCCUUCAUUUUCUUACAUGUACAGAUGAAAAGAAAUGGAAGCAGGGUAAACGAAAGGCUGAGAAGGAUGAAUACACAGGUGGAAAGUUUUUCCUUACAUUGAAGACCCCACCAACAGCAUUACCAAGUGGAGAAAUAGAAACAAAGAUGGAGAAUUUUUGCAAAUUUCAGAAAAAUAUGGAAGAAAAUGUGAAAACGUUGUCAGCAGUAGCUUAUGAUAAUAGAAAGAAACAUUUGGGCCCAUUUAAGAGAGAAUAUGUGAAGUUAGGAACAGCUUUCAAAAGUCUAGCACAGACAUUUAAUAUGGAUACUGGUUCUUAUUCACAAGCCUUGACAGGUGCAAUAGAUUACACAGGAGACACAUACAAUGAGAUAGGAGAUCUAUUUCAGAACCAGCCUAAAAAUGACCUUGAACCAUUGAUGGAUACAUUGAAUGAGUACAGAGGGACACUUGGACAAUUUCCUGAUGUGUUAAAAGUACAUGAGGGAGCAAUAGGAAAAGCAAAGGAGUGUUUCAAACAGCAAACAGAGGGUAAAAUGGUGGAAUCCGUCGUACAAAAUGUUCAGCAACGGGCGGAUGUUAUUUCAUUCGGAACUAUGGCAGAAAUAAAUCACUUCCAAAAAGCACGCUGUGAAGACUUUAAAGCUACGAUGACACAUUUUCUCAGGGGUCAGAUACAGUUCUAUCAAGAGAUCACAAACAAACUGGAAACAGCCUUACAGCAUGUGGAGAAAUCCUGAGAGUGAAAAAUAAAUCUUCCAGUUAAAGUUUGUGAUUCAAGAUGAUGUUGUUCCUGAACACUAUCAAAAAUAUCAAGCACCUGCUGCUUGAACAGUCUUUCUUAAUUAUAAAGAGUGGAGAAUGUAUUGUAGAAAUAGGGAAGUAUAUUGACUGAAGAAGAAGUUCUUAACCCUUAGCCUGCUGCAGGUGAAUUUAACAGCCUUUGCAAACAGCUUGGAACCAGAUCAGACGCCGAUUAAAUCGGCGUCUGAUCAGGUUCCAAGCUGUUUGCUACUCUGACAAUAUUUCUUCCAAUUUUGGAGCAAAUUGAAUGAACUUUACAAUUUAAGCAGACGACAUUCCCAGCAGACGACAGUUUAUCUAGCAUGCUAAAGGUUAACAAAAGAAACCAUUUGAUGAGUAUGUAGAGACAUGGAUUUACAGAACAGUUAUCAGUGUGAAUACAUUACCUUGAAAUUUCAUCAUGGUCAAAAGUUAAUUGGUGUAGUAAUUGAACAAAUAACAUGAAUCUGUUAAUAGAACAGAUCAACAUAGAUGGUGUAUGACACUUGCAUUAGGUAAAUUUUGUUUACAGAAUGUUAAUUGAUUGUCUAAAAUGUCAACAAAUACACUGAAAUUCUCUUUCUAGUCUAGAGUAAAUUGUAAAAUUCAGACAAAAGAGAUAUUUAUUACAAUGAUUGAAUGAUUUUGACGCAACAGUUUUCUUAUAAAAAGUAUGGACAUUUAACAAUACUGAAACAAAUUUCUGUUUAAAGAUUGAUAAAGAGAUGGAUUUGAUUUUUUAAAUAUUACUGAUAUAUAUAUAUAUAUAUAGCAUGUGUCUAUCAGAAAUUGAGAUGACUAAGUCAAUGCCUUAAGGCUAACUUUGUGCUAAAUUUUCUAGUUAAAAACAUUUAAUUUUCAUUUUUUCACCAGACAGUCAUUAUAUCUUUAGAUUACUAUUUCUCAUUCAUACAAAUUACACUGAAAUUUUUUUAGAUGUUGAUAUAUAUUUGGGAUGUUAACAUAAAGAGAAAUUGUUAUCAUUUUAUGGAUGUCUUAAAAACAUUAAGACAUAGAGUUCAUUGGCAAUUUAUAAAUGUCCGAAAAAAGUAGAACGUGUAUUUCCUUAUACCAAUAUUUUGCUGCAAGCCAGAGGUAAUAGUGUCUUUUCGUUGUUGUAAGUGACCAGAAUAUUUAAGUGGCCUUACACAUACUCCAUUUUAUCUCUAGUCUGUAUGUUUAUGUGUCUCUUAUAAACAAAAGAAAUUUAAAUCAUGAAUAUUUUGAAACCUUAAACAUUAGUGAGAAGAUCAUAUUACGUAUAUUUGAAAUUUGCAAGUUGGAAAAAGCUUCAGGAAAGUACUGUUAUUGUUAUUUUGCUAUGUUCACUGUGACAAAGUAAAACUUCCACAGUAAUAUUAUAUGUAGUUUUGAUAUUGUCCAUCAGAUGUCAUUAAAGAUAUUAAUCACAGUCAGAGAAAAUUAUAAGACAGUUUUCAUAGGUUUAUUGAUACAGGGAAGUAGGAAGGGCCUGCGGGUCCAGAGAUGACGGGUACAAAUCUCUCCAUGAGCAGAAUUUGUCUGCAGUCAUCACACUCAAGGCACAUAUAUUGAUCAAAUAUCCAGGAAGGAAUGGUCAUAUGUCACGCAUAGUUUAAAUAAGUUGCGAUAACUUGCACUACAAUCAGUCAAAUUGAACGAGUUCAAGCUAAAUCUAUUGCAACAAUUUUGCCCUUAGUGAAGCUGUCAUCUAUACUUUAAAGAUGAAAAUAAAUGUUCAUGAAGGUAUAAAAAGCCUACAUCUGCAGAUAAAAUUUAGGAUUUGUCAACAUUUAUAAUCAAGAUUUUGUGAUGAAAAGAAAGCCAGUACCUUAUUUACCAAUAUUGUCAAAUUGCUCAUAUAUCUACAUAAGGCAGAUACAUUUUGUAAUCUGAAUUUUUUUUUCACAUAGAUAUUAUUAUAAAAAUACUGAAUGAUUUUUCAGCUUUUAAUGCACUUUUUCAUAAUGCUGGACAAAAUCUCCACAUACUCAGUCUGACCAAGGCAAGUAAUAUCCCUCCUUUGGUAUUCAUUGAAAAGAAACUUACAACAAAAAUACUACUCAACUUUAACUGAAAAAUAUAUCUUUUAAAAUGAUAAUUAUUCAUUUAUAAACUUGAUUUUUUAAAACGUACGUUAUGUUUAAAAACAAAAAAACGAAGGUGGGAUUUUAUAUGACUUGGUUAAAUAGUGCAGAAGGGGCUUUAUUCGUAUUUCACUUUUGUAGAGAAUGUGAUGUCUCUAUAGGAUAUCACCAUUAUUAUUGUCUGUAUAUUUUUCAUUUUUGACAUAGAUUAUAUUUUAUACACCUGUAUUAUAUAGCAUCAUUUCAGGACUUAAUAUUAACCCAUGGUGCUUAAAUGUUCACUAUGACUAGAGUCAUAAUUAUACAUAGAGUGGCAGUUGAGGGGUAUUUUUUACAAGAUGGUGCUGCUUUUCAGUACAUUCAACUAAGCUUGUAGAUUUAGUAAUGGACCAAACUUGGAAUUGCUAAAAAAUCAUAGACAUAUUGGUAAAACUUUGUAUCUCAGUUUUGCAAGUGAAUUUCUAUACCAAUCACUUGAACAUCUCAAGAAAGCUCAUCCAAAAAUAUUUAUAAUUCAGCUUAGUAGAUCUAAAACUAUUUGGUUACUCUAAAUAGAAAGUAGCCUUGGAAUUUAGUCUGUUACUUGUGAUCUUUCUUUUUCUUUGAUGUAAAGCAGAAUCAGCACCAUUAAUAACUGUGUAUUAACAGUGGCUGCAUAUACGUCAUAUGAACAACUAAAUUCAGACAUCAGGAAGCAAAAUUCUGACCAAUAGAUGUAUGACUAAAGCCAUUCUCUCCCACCUAGAUUUGAUAUGGAGAAGGUCAGCAACAUAAUCAUAUAUGGAGGAAAAGGUCUGAACUGGAAAAAUGCUAUAAAACUAGGCAAAUUCUGAAUGACUGUGAGCUUUGUAUUUUGUCAAGAGUACUCCUUUAUAUUGAGCUCUAUAUCUGUUUCUUUGUUAAGUUUCUUGUUACAUGAUUGACUAUUUAGUGUAUAAUUUACCGUUCAUGUAGUUGAUGAAUUACACAUAAGAUGUAUAUUUUGUACUAAAUUUAUUAAGUGUAACAUUUUAUUCAGAAUAUAGUUUUACUAUUGAUGAAGUGCUGCUUGUAUAAAUGGGGAUAUUUCUUUUAUUUGAGUGUUGUUUUUGUAAGUAGUAAAUGUGUAAGUUACACAUUGCAUGGCUGUAACCUCAUGGGUAUAAAGAAUUUUUUUUAUGGAAUCAUUGAAUACUGUGAAAGUAUAUGACAUCUGAAGCUGAGUGGUGACUUUGAACUAAUUAAGAUUAUAUAAUGAUUACACCCAAGCUACCUAGAGUUUUUUUCUGCUGUAUUUGGAGGUUAUACCUUCUCAUAACAUAGGAAUGGUUAAAUACAUAAAAUAGAAUGCCUGUGGUAUAUUUUGAUUAAAUGAUAUAGUGAAUUGAAAUAUUUAUUACAUGUUUUAAUCACAUUGAAAUGUGUAGGUAUGCUGUUUGUGCACAAGUUCACAGAGUGUUAAUGUAUGUUUAUAUGGACAAAAUUAUUCAAAACUGUGUUUCCAAUUUUUGCAUUAAACUGAACUGGCUAGAUGUAAUUUUUACAAGCUCCCAAUAUUAGAAUAGAAUAGAUUGAAUUAAAAUAGCUCUUUGCUGAGAGAUGAUAUCCACUCGUUAAUAUUUCUUUGUAAGCAAAUAGUUCUUUUAGAAAGAAUUUUAAGAUUUAGUCAAUGUUAUUCGCAAUAAUUUUAAAGACCUGCAAGUUGGAGUGGUGUAAAAACUUUGUCACGGAUAUAUUGUCAUUGUUGUUGUAAAUGUGAAAGCUAAAAGUUGCCAGUAUUGAACACAGUCUGUGAUAAAUGCUUUGUAUGUUUGUAGAAAAUUUAACUUCUGAUCAAAAUAAGCUCAUGACAAUUGUGUUUUUAUAACCUCUUUCAGAGUUAUAGUGAUAUUAUAUUGGAUGAUGAUAUAAUGAUCAUAUUUUUGCUAUUUUUAGAAAUGUAGCAGUGUAGCUCUAUCAAGGCUAGAUUCAGUCCGGGCUGCAACAAGUCUUUGAUAAGUUGUGGCCUUAAUUCCAGAGUGGUGUAAGUCCAUUUUUGGCAAAAUUGAGUUUUAGUGUUGUUAGGUAUGUCUCUAUGACCUCUGUAUGAUGGUAUAUUGGUGUCCAUGUAGAACAAACCUUAACCGGCUAAAUUUUAAUUCAGCAAGGAUGUAAAUAUGGUAAAGUCAUUGACAUUCAAACUUUUAAACAUUUUUCCAAAAACUAUCAAACAGGUAGGUUUGUCAUUGUGGAAAUAAGGUGCACAAUUUAUGUGUGUUUAUUACUGUAAGGGAAAAUAUUGUACUCCGGAUUCACUUACUGAUCAGAUAGUUGGGUUCUAUAACCCCAGGGUAUAAAACAUGAGUUUGGAGACCAGUCACAGACAGCAACUUUGCCUUCGGUACAUUUUAGGAUUAUGCUUAGAAACGACCAAUCAGAUGCAAGAGCUUUUGACUGGUUUCCAAAUUCAACUUUAUUAUCUUGGACACAGAAUUUUUAAUGUCUCUAAUCACACUUAUAUGUUUUCAGUAAUUUCUUGAACCUGUGUUAUUUUUACAUUUUUUUUUCAGAUUAUUUAUAUUUGCCAAAUUCAUGUAUAACAUACUUUGGAACUCACAAAUAUAUCAUAAGACCAUGAUUUUCAUAUUCAUCAUUUUUCAUAAUAAUUAUCAUAUAAAUAUGUCUGCAUUGUUGUUUUUGGUAAUUUUUCAUCAUCUUAAAUGAAAGUGUGAUUAUUGAAUUUAUGAACAUUUUUUUGAACAUUUUAAUGUCUGAAAUCACACUACCACUUAAAUAUCCUGAUACAAUCACGAUUGUACGAUAUAUACAUUAUAAGUCAAAAGUGUCGAUCCAAAACCCAGUAUUUCAAAAUGGUGAUUUUCAGGAGACAAUGAAAACUUACUCUGGUAAAGCAAAUGCAUGACCUUUGGAGCAAAAAUCUUUAGAACUAGUUUUAAAUCAUAUUAUAUUUUGUUUUGAGCCCAACAGAGCUUCACGUUAUUUACUGUGGUUAAUUAGCAUAAAAGCACUUGUAACACAGUAACUUUUCAAGUUGCUUGAAACUGGUAACUGCAUAUGCUGUGUCAAAACUAUGCAAGAGCACCCUUUUAUAAUAGUGCAAAAAUCCUUUAAGUGAAACAGAUAUGGGUUUUUUGCCUGUUUCACAUGGUUGUAUUGAAAUAACAGUUGGCUACUGAGACAGUGAUGGGACAAAAUUCAGUGGGAAAUUUUGCAGAUAUGGUUGAUAGGAAAAAAAGAUUUUGCACCAAAUUUCAGUUACGAUGUUUUGGAUUGGCGCCGUUGAUAUAUCUACAUUAUGCAAGAGAAUGCAUGUUAAAAAAAAAAAAAUCAAUCAUUCUGUUAUAUUGAAUUGUCCCACCCUGAAGUUAUACUGGCUUUGAAUGUUAAGUCUGCUGGUCAGACUGUCCUACCCACCAGGGGGCACUUCUAUUCAUUCAACAAAAAGUUCUACAGUCUAUAAGAUGUGAAAAAGAAUUUGUUUCAUUUUCCUUUUACUCGCCCCGGCGUCAGCGCCGCCGUUGGUGAAAGUUUUUGAUAAAGACAAAUAUCUCUGUUACUAUCAAAGCUAUUGACUUGAAACUUAAAAUAGUUAUUUACUAUCAAAAUCUACACCAGGAGAAACAAUCCUCAUAACUCUGUUUGAAUUUUGACAGAAUUAUGCCCCUUUUUAACUUAGAAUUUUUGGUUAAAGUUUUUGAUAAAGUCAAAUAUCGCUGUUACUAUCAAAGCUAUUGACUUGAAACUCAAAGUACUUAUUUACCAUCAAAGUCUACACCAGGAGAAACAAUCCCCAUAACUCUGAUUUGAAUUUUGACAGAAUUAUGCCCCUUUUUAACUUAUAAUUUUUGGUUAAAGUUUUUGAUAAAGUCAGAUAUCUCUGUUAUUAUCAAAGCUUUUGACUUGAAACUUAAAAUACUUGUUUACCAUCAAAGUCUACACCAGGAGAAACAAUCCCCAUAACUCUGAUUGAAUUUUGACAGAAUUAUGUCCCUUUUUAACUUAGAUUUUUUUGUAAAUUUUUUUUAUAAAGUCAAAUAUCUCUGGUACUAUUAAAGCUUUUGACUUGAAACUCAACAUAGUUAUUUACUAUCAAAGUCUACACCAGGAGAUACAAUUCCCAUAACUCUGGUUUGAAUUUUGACAGAGUUAUGUCCCUUUUUAACUUGGAUUUUUUUACUGGCAAAGCUCUAUUUCAGAGUCAAGCACUGAGAAAAGUCGAGCGCGCUGUCUUACUGCUCUUGUAUCUUUAAAAGUUGAUAUCCAAAAAUUCAUAUUCCCACAAAAUAACUUUUUUUGGUCAAAAUCAUGAAAUUUCAUGACCACAAAAUUUACUAUUUGAUAAUAAAUUAAGUUUAGGAGACUUGUAAAAAACAAACACCUUGUAAUAGAGCAUCAGAAACAAAAUAUUCUUUCUUUAUUUUAAUUAUGUUUUGAAUCUUUUUUUCACACUGUCUUCCGCCUGGAUACAUUACUCACAAGAAUACCACCUCAUUUUGAAUAUUUCAUUAUUUGUAACUGUAGUUAGAUUUGACUGAUUUCUAUUGUUUCAGAUGCUAUUACUAUAAAUUGCCAUAUUUCUGUUUGCAAAAAGAUGUAUAUAUAUUUUGCGACCAAGCAGAUAUAUUAGUUGAUUUUUUUCUCUCUUAUAUAACAAUAUCUAUUACAAUGUCAUUAAAGCAUGCUUCACAAUAAAACUAUGUUAAUGAGAAA